AAGUCUGCACACACACUGUCGCACGGAAACCACCGCGCCGCUUACGUCUCCAAGCGGGCGAGGGCCAGAGAGUGAGAAGGAGAGGGAGGGGGGCAAAUGAAAAAGCUCUGCACCGCUGUACUCGUGAGACAUCUGGAAACGACGCUCAAAGGCACACACUGACUCCGCGCACCAAUUUGGAAUGGCGUUUUUGUGAAGAUGACCAAUCUUUUACACACUUGACCGGCGUCGUUAUUAAGCGAUUCCACUAUUUUACCGUCUGUUUGAGCGAGAUAUUGUAACAUAUUUAACGCAUUUUUUCGUUUUCGUUUCGUUAUUAUUAGACUCUUGACUAGACAUGUUUUCGUGUCUCUGAAUCGUCAAGUUAAAAUAGCCUGUAAGACGUUUUCCUAUGCCCAGAAGAUUUACUUUAUGGGCUGCGUCAGGAACUGAUACAGUUUUAGAGCAUAGAGAAAGUAGGCUUCUACCUUUUUUUCGGUGCUCAUGAUUUUUUGGUAUGUUUUGACAAAGGCAUUCGCCAGCUGAUCUGGAUACUUAAAACAGUAUCGUCUUCUUUGUCGCUUGGGACAUUACGUGAACAGACAGAGACGUCUAGUGUUUCUUUUGAAGUGAUAGACGAGCGACAGAGCGAAUAGCCUACUAGCCAGAGGAGGAGAGAAGACCCCACCGUCACGUUCCGGGAAAACUGGCCUUCCUUAAAGGUGUGCGGAGCACGUGCCACUGCCAUGCUGUCACUGGACGAACCGCUGGACCUGAAGCUGCCGUCGGGCAGAGACCGCGCGCCACAGAGAAUGUCCAUCUGCGCCCCACUGCAUGCCACCCGCGCCCGCCAGGCCCGCACCGCUAACGACAAGAGCGUCAUCACGCCCGUGCCCCCCUCCUCACCGCCCACAGGUGUGCCGGUGUCCCCCCAGGCAAAGCAGGAGCCCCAGACCCCCCCUGCCAUGGACCUGACCUCUCGACACAACUCAGCACCUCCCUCCCCUGUGGACACCCAGUCUAACGGGGUCGCCACACACUCCUUCCUCCCCAGGGAGUCUGCAAACGCCCACUACCUGGAGGGCGGGGCCUCAGCACAGGGAUUCCAGUUCUUCCUGCCCAUUGGUGCAGGGGGUGGCUUCCAGCUCCCCUCCUCCCUGUUCAUUGGUCGGAACGGGGAGAAGCGCACGUCACCCGAGCCCUCCUCAGACGAGCAGCUGGCCUGCCGCUGGAAGAAGUGCCGCCUGCUGUUCGACUCGCUGCAGGACUUGGUGGAUCACGUUAAUGACUUUCAUGUGAAGCCUGAAAAGGAUUCUGGGUACUGCUGCCACUGGGAGGGGUGCGCACGCAGAGGGCGUGGUUUUAACGCCAGGUACAAAAUGCUGAUCCAUGUUCGCACCCACACCAACGAGAAGCCUCACCACUGCCCUACCUGCAACAAGAGCUUCUCACGCCUGGAGAACCUCAAGAUACACAACCGCUCACACACAGGCGAGAAGCCCUACAUCUGUCCCUAUGAGGGCUGCAACAAGCGCUACUCCAACUCCAGUGACCGCUUCAAGCACACGCGCACGCACUAUGUGGACAAGCCCUACUUCUGCAAGAUGGUGGGCUGCCUGAAGCGCUACACUGACCCCAGCUCCCUGCGCAAGCACAUCAAGGCCCACGGUCACUUCGUGGCCCAGGAGCAGAACCCCUCAUCUGGCAUGGAGGCCCUUCUGAAGGCCGGUCGCCUGGUGGCCUCCUCCGGGGGCCCCCCCAUGCUUGGUUGCGCCCAGCCCAAGGGCGACUCCACCCCUCCGCCCGAGCUGCCCUACGUCGCCGGGGCCCACAUCGUCCUUCCGGGGGCUGCAGCGGCUGCCGCGGCCCUCUUCGGGGGCCACGGCCUGCAGGGCCUUGGCGGAGCCUCGCUGCCCCUGUCCAACAUCGGGCCCCUGGAUCUGAGUGCACUGGGGAGCCGGGUGGCCUCCACCCCAGGCCUGUCCCACGGCGGGCACCUGGGCCUGGGCAAGCCCCCGUCCCUGCUCUCGCCUCUGUUCCCGGGGGCCUCUCUGGGGCUGGGGCCCCUGCUGGCCGGCAGAGUCCGGGGCCGCAAGAGGGCCAGGGAGGAGGAGGAUGAUGAGGACGACGAGGAGAGGAUGGAUGAGGAGGAUGGAGAAGAGGAAGAGGUGGGCUUCGGACGCGACCCCUUGUCCUGGGUUGUCAUUCCACCCGGGAUGGUGGUGUUAAGGCCGGCUGUGGUCAGCUAAGCAGCGGGGCCCUUCGGGAAAGGGUGCUGAAUGGGUGUAUGUGUGUAUGUGUGUGCACAUGUGUGUGGUUGUGUGUGAGUGAGAGAAAGAUAGAUAGAUAGAUAGAAUUGAACGCUUUUUUUGUCUCUCUCAACGAAAGCUAUAACAGAAUAACCCUAUUCGUUCCCUACAGAAGAUCGAAAUAAGAGUUGGAAGCUAUGGGACAGUUUACUUGAACAUUCCUACCUGAGGCCUAUGAAAUAAGCAUGUCUUAACCAACGACACGUUGCUUCCUCCUGGUGAACAACUUGCGAGGGGGUAGCAUCUCCAUGCUACAGAGAAAGGGCAAUACGGCAGUUCCAGAGGUGUGACUGGACAUGUGACUCACUCCAAGCCAUCUGUCCUGAGGCUUAUGCGGUCAUGCAGUGUGACGACAGUGAGGACACGGUCACUGGAGGUUCAGUCAGAGACCCUGAGAGGCCACCAUGGGACAGAACUUUGUUUCUUUUUCCUCUCUCUCUCUCUCUCUCUGACACACUUUUGCCUUUCCUUUCAAAAAAUGUUGCUUUCCCUCCCAAACCCUCUACAUUCUGUGGCAAUACUAUUGUGCUCACACACUUGUUAUUCUGAGGGAAUACAACGGUAACACAAGGGAAUGCAAAAACAAGCAUUGUAAGGGAACGCAAGGUAGUAAAGAAACUAGUGACAGGAUACAGAUGUAUUUCCAAAUACGGGGAACUCUAACUGUGGCUUCUUAGGGGUCCAUACAUUUCAGAGUGCUUCUCAAAGGCAAUUUACCCUGACAGUCCAGCAACAUAACAGCCCCCUUAAGGCUGUCUGUCAAAGCAUUCUUUUGCACUUUAUGCUGUUCUAGAACCAUUUUUUUUUCUUUCAGUUUUACAGGACCUCUACUUCAUGACAUAGCAAACAAAAACAACAAAGAUACAUUUGUUUGUUUGUUUGUUUGUUUUUUUGUUUGUUUUUAAAAUGUUCUUAAAAAGUUUUUUUUUCUCUGACGAAAGGCAACACAUCAACGUCUCAUAUCUCAAAUGUUCUUUUAUAUGAAUUCCUUUGUUCGGGGCUUCUGAGUCUUUGUAUGAAAAUUGAUGCUAUUUGUGUGUGAUUUCUAGGCAGACAAACCCCAUGCAAUAGUGUGGUGCAACUGAAACAGUUCUGACAGGCUGUGGAGACAGCAAGAACGGACCAUGAGCUUUUAAGUUUUGAAGCCGAGUUAAACGCUUUGCUUUUUUCGUCUGUGACACUAACCUACCCUGCCGCUUCAGUUGCCCCCUUCUCAAAGGUUAGAAGUUGACGUUGCACUCAGACAAGCCUCAAAAAGAAGCUCUUGGUGGACAAUCAUCACAUUGCUGCUUAUUGCACAUACUUAACAAACUCUAGCUUAGCAUGACACAUCUGUGAAAUAAAAAGCUAAAUGUAAGCUGAGAGAAGAGUAAAUUCUAUACAUAUUACUAGCUGUGUAACAAGGAGGACCAGUAGCAUAGCCUACUGCAGGACUUGGACCAUGGUACUGCUCAUAUAACUGCUUAACAAAUGUGAGUCAAGACACAUGGCUUCCAUGAAAAAAUAGCCUACUAGAGAUACAAAAGUUCUUUUAGGUAACAACAAGUAUUGACAGUAAGUAGGUACAGAGAAGCAGGUUAAGCGAACACAUUAAUGCUCCAGGCCAUUUGUAGAUUCACUCUUUGGAUAAGUCCAGGGAUCUGCUAGGUGGACGCAGCUCACGGGCCUCUGAACUGACCGCCUGUUGUUUACUGAACGUGAGAUGUGUUUGACAGGUGCUUUGCGUCAGCGUUCGGUUCCCUGAUCCUCCUCCUCAUGUUUUCCUCAAGAGGAUGUGGAGACUGUGGUCCACCUAUUCCCGUCUUUUGAGUUUUUAUCUCAAACUGAGACAGCCUUGUGAUGGAUGAACAAGGGUAUCAGGGUGCGGUAUUGCACUUAUGAAACAAUUUAGGAAAGUAAACGAAGUGACUCACAUGGUCUCUAUGCCGACCAUCAUUGACCAUCAUACGCAGUAUCUGAGUCAGCGCAGUAUGCCGGCUAUGCUAGCUGUCACAAGCCCACACCUCUUUUUGCACCAUUGUGGUUGUGCUGUUGUUUCAUGAGUAUAAAGUCAGUCAGCCAAUCAGCUGAUAGGAUUCAUUCUAUAAUAUUUCUGUGAUGACGAAACAUUUUUAAUGUUGAUUGUAUUAGCUUUUUUUUUUUAUUGUCCUUUGUCACGUAUUGCUGCUCUGUGCUUCCAUUGACACGGACCUGGUCACGGUCUACUCCCUGACACAUUAUGUUUAAACAUUAACAGAUAAGCAUUCACUUACGGUAAUAAUAGAUUUCUCCUAUUUGAAAUCAGCAGCUGAGCAUUCUUGUGGGUGUGUGUGUGUGUGUAUGUGUGUUUGUGUGUAUGUGUAUGUGUGUUUUUUAAACCAUUUAGCUGUUGUUUUUUUAUUUGCACAUAAAGAUAUUUAAUUAUCAGUAUUUUAAUGGUCCGAAGUGCCUUCUAUUUAGGUGAAAGUAGACAACAUACAGUGUAUGAGAUAAGCAUUUAUGUAGAGUUAUCUGUAUAAAUGUAUAUUUUCCCCCCAAGUCUUUGUUUUACGGACAAUUGUGAGGGAUCCAUAAAACUAAAAUGUGUGCAAUUAGAACCUCUUAAGAGGUCUCUGCUGUUGUUAAGGAUGUAUUUUGUAACCGUUAAAAGAGAAGUAAUGUCUUUUUCCUCAAUUCAACUCCUGCAUCUAAAGAUUUUGUUUUGCACCUUGAGUCAGACUGGAGGAUCUGGCCUGUAGAAAAGACACGAAGAACUACAGGACUUCAGUUUAGUCCACGGUGGUCCACAACUGAUCCCACACCGCAAAGUGUAAAAAAAGAAAGGAAAUGCAAAUGCGUGUUUCAGACGCAGUUGAGCUCGUUUUACAGCACAGACAAUCAGUAGAAUGCACAUCUGUGAAACCAAACCAACGUACACACUCAUUGUCUCAGCUGUGGUUGAGGAAAGUGUUGAAAACAAUGAAAAGGGUUUCGUUCCCAAUGGAUCAGUGGUCGUGUACCAAAAAGAUGCGUGCAAUUCUAGACACAGCACACAACGCUUGGAACUGAAGACACUGACGACAUAUUAUUAGGGAAAGGUCUUUUUUCACAUGUCGAUAGAAUUGCAAAGAAAGAAAAAGGUUAUGGCACAUUAGAGUUAAUGUGUUAAAUUUGAUGUGUAGAUUUUAUUAUGUUUCUAAAUUGCCUCAGCUCCGACAGCUGAAUUAAAGGCAAAAAAUCUGCCAUUUUAACAUUUCUAAAAGAAAAUGAAAUGAGUACUUUUUUUUAAUCUCAUUUUCACCACUGAGGGGUGCUAUAAAUAAAAAAAAAAAUGCAAUCACAUGAAUUAAUGUUUUUUUUUUAGAAACACAAGAAAACAGUCAAAAUGUAGUCACCAGUAAUUAUCAAGUCAAACUAGAUAAACGCUGACAAUUCAUAUGUCUGGACACAUGUUAAUCUUACAUAUUGUUAUGCUUACAUGUUGUGAACGUUGUAAAAAAAUAAUUGGCAUAGUCCUUUUCGCAGAGAAAAAGUGAGAGAUUUUUUACACUUUGUUAUGUGGGACCAAGGGUGAAAUGUAGCAUUUAGUAUAAUUCAUUUCUAAACUGAUACAGUUUUGUCACUGUAAUGCCGCCCUUGAACAAUCAGGCUUAGGACAUCAAAUAGAACUCCCAAAUGAAAGUGACAAGUGGGAAAGCCCAUUCAAAUACGAACCCUCCUGUUUCUUUUCAAGCCAUCUUUGAGUCAGCUUUGUUAUCAAUGGUUACGACAAUGGCAACAAUGUCAGAUCAAGAAGAAUAACACUAAUGGUGUUAAUAAAACAGCAUUUGACAAACA